UCUGAGUGUGGGGGGGUGGGGGGAGACCAAGCAAGGUUCUGUUGUCAAGGUCUCGUCUAUUGAGGUGAGUGUUACAGCUUUUAAGGCUUUCAGGUAGGGGGAGUGACCUUUGUGAAACACAAAGGAAGGAGGGACGAGGGUACUCUGAUAGCAAGAGGUGAAGAGGUCAUGCGGUGGAGACACCUCGUGUUUGCUCAGGAGACAUCUGGUAUUUGCUCGGGCUGAAGCAUUCCAUGAUUGUUAUCUUCCUGUGCCGUAAAUUCAUGGGAGAGGCUUUUGUCCAACAAUCUCAAGACUUUAUGGCAGUCAUCUUAGGGGUGAGUAUCUGUGGCCAUACAGCCCAGAAUCACGUAGCCACUUUGAGCCAUACAGUCACAAAGCGGCCAGGCCCAAAUCCAAUACGGCUCCCUACAUCUCCCCCGUUUUUCUUUAAUAAAAGACCAUUAGGUGGAAGUAGUGGUCUGAGAGAGAUCAGACAUGCCUCACAGAGUGCCCAGCUCGGCCAUGGCGAGCCACUCUUGCAGUUAGGACUGCACCCCAAUGGCUAGGAAUGAACUUAUGCUGUAACACACUGUUCUGGGCUAUAUGUGUGUGUUUUGGGGGAGAAACUGGGCAGAGGAGCAUUUGACCGGCCCGUACGUUUAAACGGGGUGUAGCCACCUCUGUCUUAGGAUUGACCUCUCGAACCCUAGCCUUAUCCAUCAUAGGAUUACCUUGUCGCCCUCAAGGCUCUGUGUCUAGAUUGGUCAAGGGUCAGAGGAAGUUGCCUGUCACUGAGUAUGGCUACUUUGGGUCAUCUUCUCAUUUCACUUACUUGAGCCCAGGGGCAAAAGGGUAGGGGCCAAACGGCAUUAAUUUAGGAGAUUGUGGAAGUUGAGCCUCUCCAGAUAUGUUGUGGGCACCUCAUCUUGUUUGUCGUCUCCCUGGUUCUCCUCAGCUAUUCUGGUCUCCAAGCGAUGAUAAUGUACUGAAAAAGAAUUUCUAGGCAAAGCAGAAUCUAUUUGUGAUUUAAUAAAGCGUGUAAGUUGCUGAAAGGCCCAAGGACCGAAGGAAAUCAACAGAAGCAGGCCCACAAGGGGUCCUAAAAUCGAAGGCAACAGGGUAGAGAGCCAUGGGGAUGUAGAAAACCAGUUUUUAUACCAGGACUCUUGUUGUUCUCAUUCUCUCUUUCGUUUUUCUAGGCUAUCUGUCACUUUUCUUAGACUGUCUUCUACAAGUCCAUUAUCUACAUACACACAGCAUUCCUCUUUUAAGGCUGCACAAAGUCCUCCUUGUUGUAGGAAGAGCAAAUCAAGCCCUCUUCUAUUUUGCAGUACUACUUCUGAAAGGGAGGCAACAGAAUCUUUAAAUUGGCUAAGCCCUCUCUCAGUUCAGCUAGGUCCUGGUCAAUUGUAGCGCUGAGUAAAUGAUAGCGUUGUUGGUUUAUGAAUGCUGAGUCCUGGGAGUAGUUGUAUCAAUACGCAAUAAUCGCGCUGUUGCAAGAAAUCAGAUAUUAUUACAUAGGUAGUCAGCCCUGAUGAACAUGCCAGAUAAGUAUGAUUUGGGGCGAGCAGCUACUCAUGGUGAUUGUUAACAACCAAGGUAUGGUUGCAUAUUUCUAACAGCUGGUGAGGAGGGAGCAUAUGUUUUCCCAAAAUACAGCUUCCCACCCUGGAUACCUCAGUGAGAGUAAAUCCUAAAAGCCUCCAUAUAGGACAUUGGAUUCAUUGGUAUAUAUAUAAAUUCUCCAGAAAGGGCAAUGCCUUCAUAAAAUGGAGGGGAGGCAGAAAAGCACAUCCAACAUUCCACAUUUUUGGAGGAAUUGUUUAUCUGUUUUUGGAAGAGUAGAGCGGAGGCGGAUGCAUUAAGGAUGGAAAGAAUGACUCGUGCGGAUAGCAUGGGGCCUUGAGGGGUGGUUGGUUAAAAGACAGUAGUCAAGAGGGAAUUCUGUGGGGCCUGCGUGGCCGCUGAGAUUUUGGGCUCUGAGCCCCUUUUAGGCAGAGAGGGAACAAAAUUAUGAAGAACAGGGUUUGGUCCUAUGGACAUGCGCACUGAGGUGGGUGGUUCCUUCAAUAAUUUUAUGCUGAAUGUGAGGCCAGCAUCCCAAUUGUCUUUGUAUUGGCGGAGACCCCAAGUUAGGGCUCUCGAGCCUGCCCACUCAUUUUUUUUUUUUUUUUACCCUGCUCAGUGAAACUGAUAACAAUGGGAUUGCACGAGCCUGACAGGAUGAAUCAUCUUUGGUGUAGGUUCCAUUACUUUUUUACAGUCAUAAAAUCCCAGGAAGAAGAGGGUUUCCAGUAUGCCUCCCCCGUGGUCUCACAGCCCCAACUGGUACAAUAGAAAUUGCUCUCGAACCCACAUUUAUGGUUAAGGGAACGAGCUCGGUGAGAGGGAACUGUCCCAUGAAGGGAAGUGGUAAAGCUUGUGCAAUGCGUUGUCCAGUCCUAAGCGUUAAGGGGCGGGCACUCUUGCCUCCUUUCUCAGCAUCUAUUAUAAUGUCUCUAAUGAUAUCCCAGUAGCAGAAAAAAGCUGCGGACACUGGGUCAUCGGCUUUCAAGAGCUUAUUAAUAUCCUGACCAACCUUAUUCCAAGUAAGGGGGUGAAUAUCGGGGCCGCUUAAAAUUAACCAAGGACAUUUUUCAUCUACGGAAGAAUUUUAUCAGAUCCUUUUUCUUAACUCUUAUUCCUCUCUCCCUGAGUGAAUGCUUGAUCUCUCCUAUGAAACAAGCUUCCUUAGACAAUACCUUUCCUAUGACAAUGGGACGACAAUUAUUCGACCGGUCUUAUCUCCCUCUCCAGCGAUGCAGUCUGAAGAGUCCUCAAUCUCUCCGCGGAUCUCCUGUCUCCGUCAUCCUGUAGUUGGCCGUGCUUCCGGGUCCCUGUUCAGGCGCCACUCUGGAAUUUGUUAUAAGGCUUUAUCAAUCUUGGAAUUUGUUUGGAAUUUAUUGUAAAGCUUCAUUAAUCUUUCAGGGAGCCAUCUGGCUCCCCCUUCUUUAGAAUUAUAAAUACAGGCAGACCCUUUUCCCCAGACUAUCACAGGGUCAGGACCCUGCCACUGUCCAGUUAGGGGGUCCUUCCAAAGAACGUGAGCAUGAUCCAUCUUGGUUGAGGGGUACCAUAAGCGAUCGGCGGCUGAAUGCCCUUGAUUAUCCAAGGUUAAUAAAUUUAAAACAAAAAGGGCAUGGGAUAAUAAGAAUUUUGGGCUGCCUUUAAGAGAAUAAAGAGUUUCUUGGGCAGUAAGUUUUAACGGUGUAUUUAAGGGUUUGAUAGUCUCAUUCCACAAUUCCUUGUCCCUGAGGGUUAUAAGGUAUGCCUGUAAUAUGUUUUAUUUGAAAUUGGGAGCAAAAUUGUUUAAAUUUGUGACUAACAUAGCUGGGCCCAGUAUCUGUUUUUAGCAUUUUGGGCUGUCCCAUAACCGAAAAUGUGUAGAGCAUAUGAGCAAUAACAUCUUUUGUGGCCCCUCCUGUGUGUGCAGAGGCACAUAUAAACCCACUAAAGGUAUCAAUGGUAACAUGGACAAAUUUUAAUUUUCCAAAAGAUGGGACAUGGGUGACAUCCAUUUGCCAUAUUUUUCCCGGAACAAGGCCCCUGGGAUUAACCCCAAUGUGUGGCUCAGGAAGUAGGGUCAGGCAGUUCUUACAAUUUUUGACAAUUUGUCUGGCUUGUUCUCUAGUAAUUUUGUACUUAAGCUGCAAUGUUUGAGCAUUAAGGUGAUGGAGUGAAUGUGCCAUCUGUGCUUCUUGUAAGGAGUCACUAAGAGAAGCAAUCAUGGCCAGCCUACUGACUUUGUCGGCUAGAUCAUUUCCUUUGGUUAAAGGACUGGGCAGAUUCGAGUGAGCCCUGAUAUGGCCCACAAGGGCGCCACUUGACCCAUCCAGCGGGUUCAGUUAUUCAGGGUCCCGAAGAGGCUCUACCUGAGUGUCAAGGGGCGGGAGGAGAAAAGGAGACCAAGCAAGGUUCUGUUGUCAAGGUCUCGUCUAUUGGGGUGAGCGUUACAGCUUUUAAGGCUUUCAGGUAGGGGGAGUGACCUUUGUGAAACACAAAGGAAGGAGGGACGAGGGUACUCUGAUAGCAGGAGGUGAAGAGGUCAUGCGGUGGAGACACCUCGUGUUUGCUCAGGAGACAUCUGGUAUUUGCUCGGGCUGAAGCAUUCCAUGAUUGUUAUCUUCCUGUGCCGUAAAUUCAUGGGAGAGGCUUUUGUCCAACAAUCUCAAGACUUUAUGGCAGUCAUCUUAGAUGUGAGUAUCUGUGGCCAUACAGCCCAGAGUCACAUAGCCACUUUGAGCCAUACAGUCACAAAGUGGCCAGCCCCAAAUCCAAUACGGCUCCCUACAAAAAAGAAGCCAACUCAUCCAAGAGGAGUAGACUACAGGGAGUAGUCGAACUCAUGGCCCAAAUCAACCAAAUAGAAACAAAGAGAACUAUACAAAGAAUCAACAAAACCAAAACUGGUUCUUUGAGAGAAUCAACAAGAUAGAUAAAUCCCUAGCCAAUUAACUAAAGGGCCCAGAGACAGCAUCCAAAUUAACAAAAUGAGAAAUGAAAAGAGAAACAUAAUAACAGAAACUACGGAGAUUAAAAAACCGUCACAUCCUACUACGAAAGUCUAUACUCAGCAAAACUGGAAAAUCUAGAUGAAAUGGAUGAUUUUCUAGACAGAUACCAUGUACCAAAGUUAAAUCAAGAGCAGGUUAACUAUUUAAACGGUCCCAUAUUCCCUAAGAAAACAGAAGAAGUCAUUAAAAACCUCCCAACCAAAAAAAAAAAAAAAAAAUCCCCAAGGCCAGAUGGCUUCCGUGCAGAAUUCUAACAGACCUUCAGAGAUAUUUUGAACUUUUAAAACUACUUCCACCUCUGAAACUCUAAAAUGUGCUCAUCUUUUCUCAAGAAUAUUACCCCAGUCCAACUUCCUCAUUAUGCAUUGUUGGGGAUAAUGCCUCUCCAACUACUUCCCAAAUGAAAAGAAAAGAAAAAGGCUGUGAAGGCAUUUCUGAUAUGGUAACUGUGUAGGAUGACGGUUUCCAUCUCUUCCUGGAAUCAUGAUGGUUUGUUUAGCUAAAAAUCUGUCCCUUUCUGGUGUGUCUAUUCAUUUAUACCCCACAAGGCAAAGUCUCAGCCAAGCACCUGACUCCUGGUCCUCCCCCUUCUGAGUCACCUCUUUUCUCAGCCAAGGUCAGUUUCUUAUGUGAAACCCUCCCAUAGGAAUUGGCUGGAUCUCCCCUACAGCACACUACUCCAAAAAUCUAUGUUUAUUUUCCUCAUUUACCACCCCCCAAAUCACAAAAGUAAACAUAAGAUACAGUAUGAUAUAAUGAAAUAUUUCUAAGAAGAUGCUGAACCAAGAGAAAAUAAGUGUGGCUAAUCUAGAGGUAAAGUGGGUAUUUGAAAAUUUUGCUUCAGAUACUGUUUGGUUGCCAGAGAUAGCCCAAGACUUGGUUCCAAGAGAUUGGGAAGACUAAAUCAAAUCAUUAAAUGGACUGUGUCAGGGCCCGAGCCUCUGUGAAUUCUGGGAAUUACUAGGUUCAUCAGGAGAGCACAAUCUUCCUGCUUGUGUUGUUUCUUGGCCCAUUGUGGUGUUUCCAGUACAAAGUGUUAUGAUAAAAUGCAGAAGUUCAUAUCUUUCCACCAUCUCUAGGAUUCUACUGUUUCCAUGUUUACAAGCUAAGAAUCUAGAUUUUACCAACCUCAUAGAGUCCUUGAAUACUUUAAAUAAGAUAAUGGUCGGGUUACCAGGCUAGGGCCAGACCCCUGUUCUUCUCAAAGUGAACGUGAGCAACGUACGAGAAUGCACAGCCUUAUGGGAAGUGGGCAUCAUAUGUCAGCUUCUUACGUGAGGAUAGACACUGGGAUCCUAGAGGUUCCAGGGACAGGGGAGGUGCAGCUCAUCUGCCAGGCUAGAGGUUACCCCCUAGCAGAAGUGUCCUGGCAAAAUGUCAGUGUUCCUGCCAACACCAGCCACAUCAGGACCCCUGAAGGCCUCUACCAGGUCACCAGUGUUCUGCGCCUGAAGCCUCAGCCUAACAGAAACUUCAGCUGCAUGUUCUGGAAUGCUCACAUGAAGGAGCUUACUUCAGCCAUCAUUGACCCUCUGAGUUGGAUGGAACCCAAAGUCCCCAGAACACGGUCACUUCAUGCUUUCAUCCCGGCCUGCACUGUCGCUCUCAUCUUCCUAGCCACAGUGAUAGCCCAGAGAAAGAGGCUCUGGGGAAAGCUGUAUUCUAGAAAAAGAUCUGAGCCUGCGGUCUUGGGAGUUGGGAAGAUCCAAUAGGAAAUCCUCAAGAGGCUUCUGGACUCAAAGUGAGAAUCUAGCAGAGCCGCCAUUUGCACUUUUCGAAUGCUGAUCAGGAGCUUGCAGGACUGCCAAGACUGCCUUCCCUUCCUCUCAAGACUCUCUCUGAACAAAAACAACCACAAUGGCACCCUAGAGUCCUCCCUCCCCCCCCCCCUGGGGAUCCUGGACCCCAGUGAAGCCCUUCCUGGUUUCCAGGGUGAAAACAAAAGGAAUUGUUCUUCCUCCUCCCCCUGCGUUCCACGGGGAGACAAGGAAAUUCCCAGUUACUAAAAUAGAUUGUGUUGAUAAUAGA